AUGCGAGAGACUGCCAGAAAGUCUUCCCCUAAGCGACUACCACUACGGUUUCCAAGUUUGGACGUCAUCAGUGUCAUCACAAAAUUUUCCCUCCACCUGUAUUGGUCCGUGCAUCUGUGGAGAGCAAAUGCGUUAACACAAUCGAUAUCGAUAUCAGGCAUAGCUAAUCAUCCAAUUCCACAACUUCGCCGACCUCCAAAUCCGCGAGAUAUCUCCAUGGUAACCAACCGUCAAUUUUGCGCUGAUAGGACCUGUUUUACAAUGAUCGGUGGACAUUGGCCGAUCAUGGUGUUGAACGAGAAGGUUAUCCCGAUGUCGAAUGGGACCCUUUAG